AUGGGGCCCCGUUUGCUGCUCCGGCGCCUUGAGCUAGAAGGGGACGUCUCAUCGUUGAUAAACGAAGAUGUCCGACCUUGUGAUGUGUCGCGACGGACAUGGAAUCCCCUGGCUUUUCACAACUACUGGCUGUUGAUUAACUGCACCAUCGCGACAUUCCUGACGGGAAGUUCACUCAUCCCCCUCGGUCUGACUUGGUGGCAGGCAAUCAUUAGCAUCUCCAUCGGCAAUCUUCUCGUCACGGGAGCUAUUGUCUUGAGCUCUCUACAAGGGGCCAACUAUCAUAUCGGCUUCUCCGUCUACAGCCGCUCCAUAUGGGGAAUCUGGGGUUCUCAGUUUACGAUAUGGAAUCGCAUCUUCUUGUCCUUCGGUGAGUACGGGUUCCAAGCCUGGGUCGGAGGGCAAUGCGUCUACCUCAUCCUUCUGUCUUGGGACCCCCAGUAUGAGUCUCGCAUCACCAACAACAUCCCGGCCGAGACGGGCAUGACAUCGGCUCGGUUCGUCUGCUACGUCAUCUUCUGCGUCGUCAGCCUGCCCUUUAUCUGGAUCCGGCCGCACCGGCUGCAGGGCUUCUUCAACGUCACCAGCGCCGUCACAUUUGUCUUCUUCCUCGUGCUCCUCAUCUGGGCCUUGGCCACCAUGGGGACCGACGGCUUCGGCGAGACCCUUGGCUCAACCCAGGCGGCGGCCCCUCCGGCGGAUGGGCCCCAGAGCACGGCGUGGCUGAUGGUGUACGGCGCCAUGUCCACCAUGGGCUCCAUUGCGGCCGGCAUCCUCAACCAGAGCGACUUUUCCCGCCUCGCCAAGAGGCCGCGCGACGCCAUCUGGGGCCAGGUGUUCUCAUACCCCGUCUACGGCAUCUACGCCUCGGUGCUCGGUAUCCUGGUCGUGGCGGCGACGCAGAACCGGUUCGGCGGCGAGCCCGUCUGGAACCCGCCGACCCUCUUUGAGCGGCUUCUCGAGAGGGACGACGGCGCCGGGACCCGCGCGGCCCUCUUCUUCGCCGGCGUCGCCCUGUGCACGUCACAGCUCGGCAGCAGCAUCCCCGGAAACGCCCUGGCCGGCGGCAUCGAUCUGGCCUCGAUCUUUCCGCGCUACAUCAACAUCCGCCGGGGCGCGUACAUUACCGCCCUGAUCAGCCCCGUGGUGAACCCCUGGCGGCUAGUCAGCACAGCCCCGAUCUUUCUCACCGUCGUGUCCAGCUAUGGCGUCUUUCUGGCGCCCAUGACGGGCAUGAUGACGGCGCACUAUCUCGUCGUCUGCAAGAGGAAGCUCAAGGUCGAAGACCUCUAUCGAGGUGAUGCGGGAAGCAUAUAUUGGUACUGGCACGGCUUCAACUGGCGUGCUGUUGCGGCGUGGAUCAUCGGAGUUGCGCCCUGUCUCCCGGGCUUCAUCGCGAGCGUCAACAGCGCUGUCAAGGUAAGCGACGCCACCAAGGAGCUUUACUACCUCAAUUACUUGUACGGCUACUUUUCGAGCGGCAUUGUGUACACGGCGCUGCACCAGCUCUUCCCAGCGAGGGCCAUCGACGACUUUGUGCGGCAACCGAUGAGGGCAGGCGACCUCCAGCAAUACUACAGGGAUCAGUGGGACCUGGACCCCUCGAGCGACAUCAUUCAGAAUCUGCUAAAGGGCGAACGAGCGGAUAUAGGGAGUGCCAAGGAGCGGGCGCCGACGACAGCCUCGUCGACGGCGUAA